GCGAGGGCGCCAGCCUACUCGCAGCCGUCACCCGCCAUCGACACGGUGUACGGCAACCCUAGUGUCUUGACCACGUCAUCGACUGCCUGUCUUCAGUGCAGCUAGCUGUUUACAUUCCAAAACAGCCUGCCUGAACGUGUACUAUUUAAAAGGGCGCAGCAUUCUCUAUCAGCAAACAAAUCGAUUACACGUCCCCCAACUUCUUGGAUUGUUUACGUUCGCUUCGCAUGCGUAAAAUAUCGCCGCCAUAAGAAUGCUUACCCGAGUUGUGGCCGGCCUUAUGCGGGCCGGCCACACCGCGCCAUCGGUGCCUGCACUGCGCGGCCUUAUGUGCGGACGCACCGGAUCGGCACCACGAGCACCGCACAUAUGUAGCAGAGAAUUUUCGACUGCACCCAGCCCAGAGGAGCGGCCACCGUUCGCGGGCCAGCCGAUUAGUUCCACACAUCCCGAGCUGCUCGCGCCGGGGCAGCUGACCCCCGGCGUGACUGCCGCCGAGUACGCGGCCCGCCGGCGGCAGCUGUCAGAGCUGCUACCUCCUGGAUCCAUUGCCGUACUUCCCUCCGCCGCCACCACCUACAUGGCUGGCGUAAUCCCCUGGCCGUACCGCCAGGACCCGGACUUCUACUACCUCACGGGUCUGCUGCAACACGGCCUGGCGGUCAUCACCGCGGCCCGAACACACGGCGCUGAAAUCAGUGGUGGUGGUGGCGGCGGCGGCAAGUUCGUCCUGUUCAUCGACGCGCCCAACGCGCAGCGGGCCAAGUGGGACGGCGCGACCCUGAGCCGGGAGGUGGCGGCGGCCGAGUUCGGGGCGGACGAGGUGGCGUACAUGCACGAGAUGCCACGCCGACUGGCCGCCCUCGCAUCCGCCGCAGCCUCCUCCUCCUCCACUUCCUCCUCCUCCUCCUCCUCCUCCUCCACCACCCCGCUCCUCCUGUUCGACUCGGACCGGGUGGGCGGCCACCACUACUCCACCCUCAUGGCGCUGCUGAAACCCGCGCUGGAGACCCCGGGUCGAAUCGCGCCGCUGCGGCCUUUAUUGCACAACAUGCGCCUGAUCAAGAGCCCCGCCGAGGCCGGCCUCUGCCGCGCCAGUGCCGUACUCGCCUCGGCGGCGCUACGGCACUGCAUGGCCAGUACGGCACCUGGCGUUACGGAGUACGGGCUGGCGGCGGCGUUCGAGUACGGCGUCAAGGCGGGCGGCGCGGCGCGGCUGGCCUACCCCACCGUGUGCGCGGGCGGUGCGGACGCGUGCACCAUCCACUACGGCCGCAACGACAAGACGCUGCAGGCCGGGCAGAUGGUGCUGAUGGACGCGGGUUGUGAGUACGGCGGGUACGUGUCGGACGUGACACGCACCUGGCCGGUGGCGGGCCGGGCGGGGGCGGGGGCGCGCGGCGGGCGUGGCGGCUUCACGGGGCCCCAGCGAGACGUGUACGCCGUGGUCUUGGAGGCGCACCAGAGGUGCCUUGCCGCCACGCGGCCCGGCUCCUCCAUCCGCGACCUGCACCACCUGUGCAUCGACGUGCUGAGCCAGGGCAUACGUGACCUGGGGCUGAGGCCGGGCGCCUCGCUGGCAGAGAUACGUGGCAGCAUGUACAGGGACUACUUCUGGCACUCCCUGGGCCACUACCUGGGCUUGGACACGCACGACACACACCUGGUGGGACACGACCGCCCCCUGGCGCCCGGAGCCGUCAUCACAGUGGAGCCGGGCCUGUACAUCCCUGAUGACCCCCGCUACGGCCCCCUGGCGGGCCUGGGCGUGCGCCUGGAGGACGACGUGCUGGUGACCGCCGCCGGCGCCCAGGUGCUCAGCGACCAGGCACCCGUGGCCAUUGAGGAGGUGGAGGAGCUGGCGGGGUCGGCGGUGGAGGCGGCGGCGGCAGCGGAGGCGGCGGCGCGGGCCGGCGGCGCACAGCCGCGUGCACUGCCGCUGCCGCCACGCGGACCGCCGGCGGCGCUGUGGCAGAUGAUGUACGGGCGGGCGGCGGCGGCGGCGGCGGCGGAAGCGGUUGGGUUGCCUGGGACAGGGGCGGCGGCGGGUGCGAGCGCGCGGGAGCAGGGGGCGGCGGCUGUGUCCUAGGCGGUUUGCUGUUUGUUGUGAGGCUGGCUUGAGGGGCGUGGCACGGCGCGACGGCCGUCAUGGCGGCGGCAAGGAGAGGGAGGUAGCGUCUCGGUGGGCUUGGAUGCUACAAGUGCCGUGACAGGUGCCGUGAAUACGGCUGCUCUGGCGUGGGGGAGAGCGGGAGCUAGGGGGGAGCGUGCGGGAGAGUGGGAGCAAGGGGGGAGCGUGCGGGCGAGCGGGAGCAAGGGGGCGUGUGGAAUGGCAUUGCGCAGCAGCGGGCAGCCGCCAUGACGGCUGCUGCGCGUGUGUUUGCGUUUGCGUGGGCUCCAGUUCACACAGUUUCGCCGCUGCUCGGCCAGCCUCGUCAGAUGCUCCUGUGUGACACUGCUGUAAGAGCAGAGAGUGGUGAGAAGCAAAGUCCCGAGUGUGAUGGCUAGAAUCCCGGCCCACACAUCCCUCAGGGACCCAGGAACCAGAACCCACGUACCUACCUGGUCACCAGCUAUACAUCUGCCGCUGGACACCUCUGACACUUGUGCUGCAUCUCGGCAUCUGACAAUCUGUACA